UAUGUCGUUUAUAAGUUGAUCAAGGAUUCGUUUGAAGAAACUUAUAGACACUUGUUGGAAAAUUUUAUUUGGGAGCAUGGUUAAAAAAGCUUGUUUGACUUCUGCUUUUCCUUAUGAACGCCCCUUUGUUUUGGAAUGGGUUCAUGGUACAUUGUACUUUGAGUUUCCAGAAUGCCAAGUAGGUCAUGGUUUGUCUUGCGGCUGAUUCUGUGUUGUCAUUGGUGUUUUUUGAAGGCGCCAAAGGUAGUAAAAGGCAGCUGAGGAGAAACUGUCUUGCUCAACAAACGAUGCCGCAAUAACAAAAUUUUAUCUAAUAUUUUCAAAAGUUCUCCCGUCUCAAACUCUUAUGUGGUUUCCCCCUUUUCAACAGGGAACUUAAAAGUUUAUCAAGCGUAUAUCCCCUAUCAAGCGUAUUGCAUUUCUUUCGAGAAAAUGACAGCAUUGCCUGGCAUGUUACCAAACCAGAAAAUUAAACCAAGCAAAAAUGAAGUAGAAAAAGCUGAUAUUUUAGAUACCUAAAGGAUUUUUUUGCACUGAACAUUUAAAAGCAACGUCAGAAAUGAAAAAACCCAGUCGAAAACCCAAGACGUGAAAUUGCAGGAAAUGUAAAAAUUUAUUCGAAAAAGCAGCACUGACUGCACAAAUAUGAUUCGGGUAGGGAUUUACUGUUUUUAUGCAGCUAAGGGCUUUUGCAAAACUUUUUAUUUUUGCAAUCUAAUCAAAAUUAGAAAAUUAUUGUCUUUCCCUGAAAAAAAAUCUAAAACUUUGACUCUAUAAUUAUUGACAGAUUUAGUUUUAAAAAAUUUCUGAUCCAGAGGAGUCAUACGUAUGAUGGAGGUCUCACAAAAAGUGUAGAGUUUAUUUUGGUAAAAGUGUUUGUUUCUUGUACCUGGCCUAAUACUUGCUGCGUUUUGCCACGACCAUGUGAUCUGCGUUGAUGUAAAAGUGGUCUUAUCAUUUUGUUUUAUCUCUAGUGCUCCUGUAUUUUAUAGCAACCAUAUGCUAACUUAUCCUGGUUAAGUGAAACAGAUCUACCCAGGUAUGUAGUAUCUGUAUUAAAACCAAAUGAUCACCCUUUUGUCAGUCUUCAGUUUGCAUUGACAAGGCUAGGCACAAGCAAAACAUGUUACUUUUUUGUUAGAAAUUGGUAACGUUUCUGUGGCAACAUCACACAGGUAUCGUCCGGUUUUGCUAUGGAGGAGCAUUAUUCAGACGUUGCCUAGUUACAUGUUCUCGGGACGCUAAUCAAAACCGGUCUAAUGCCUUGGAGAGGAGCAAACAAACACGAGGUCUCUUGAUCUUAAAAGGCGACGAUUUAAUUUUAUUAUUACUCAUUGCUGUGCAUGCCUACACAACAGACACCUAGGACAAGUUUUUUAUAUUUACCUGGGCAAAGUUUUGGCUGCGUUGACCUGAAAUAGCAAAUAAAGAUCAGAUUUAUAGGAAUGGGUUGUGGAGCAUCAUCUGCACAAAAGGUUUCACCCUCUAUCAAAGAGGGACCAAAUGACACAAAACCCAAGGAAAGUCCCGCAUCUUCAAAUAGUGCUAAAUUUGAUGUUAACUUGAACAAACCUCACUCAUUGGAAAAUGUAAGACCGUCUUCUGGGAAAGAAAAGCUGCUAACGAAACGACCAAGUUCACAUUCAGGAAGCAUAAGGUCAACAGAAAGCCCAAAACACAAAAGUAGUAAGAAGCUCGUCCGGGAUUCUAAAGGAUCUGUCAGGCCUCAAAGUGCCACAAGUACUUGCAGUGAACUAGAGAGAAAGUUUUCAGGAAGCAUUAGCAAAAAAGAAAGUGUUGAGAAAUUAUUUCAAGCUUCAUCAUCGGAGAAAAAACGCGAGUCACCCUUGCUAACAUCAAGUAACGGUGGCAGCUUAAUGAAUGCAAAACCACUUGCAUUUGAAGUUCCCUUGGGCACCAAACCGCCAAAAAUGCGACCACCUAGAAGAUUAGAGAGCUUGGCCAAUGCACCAAAACCACUCACCCAGCAGGAGCUUCAAGAAAAAUUAAAGCUAUCUGAGGAACGAAGGGAGCUUGAAAUACAAAGAAAGAGGCUAAAGUCCAGUAGAAUGUCUAGAAGGAAAAGAGAACUAUUGGCAGCAAAAGAGCAAAGCAGGGUGCAAGAGCAAGCAGAAGAGAUAAAGGGGAAAAUGGAUUCGACCUCUAUGAACAGAGAGAGGUUACAAGCAGAAAAAGCUGACAAACAAAGGAGACGUUUAGAACACGCAGAGAAAGUUAGAGAGAGAGCUCGAAAGUUGAAACAGAAACAGGAGCUUGAUGAGGGACUUGGUGGAGAAAUGGAAACUUUUAAGGCAGAUUCUGAUGAUGAAGCAAAUGUAAACCGAUGGUCUGCUAAAGACGAUGAAGACCAGCAUUUGGAUAAGUCAGGAACUUCUGCCAGCAUUGAUUCAAGAGCAUCAUUAGAUACUGUUGAUAGUGGCAUACCCAAAGCUACUGUUGAAUCUACUGAUCAGUUUUAUAAUGCAUAAAUACAAUUUAGAAAGUAACAUUAGUGUCAUUAAAGAAUUUCAUAUAUAUUGUUUUUUACUUGAAGGCUUGGUGCUGAAAUUUGUUUUAUAAUGCAUCCUUAUAAACCUUUUUAUAAUUUUCUAAUGUCUGGUAAGUAAGCAUUUUUCUGUCGGUUUUGUACCAUUUCAUUUUCAUCGAGUGUGACUAUUUGUUUAGAUUCAAAAACAUGCAAACUAUGCAUUUCAUAAAGACAUCAUGCUUUAUUAUUACAAUAUACUGAAUAAAAAAUACAUGUAUUAAAACAUUUUUAUUGUGUAUGGUAACCUUUAUUGGCAAACCACAAAAAGAUUAAAAGAGUUGUAAAGGUUUUUUUAAGACCUGUAGAUGUACCAAAAAGUAGAUGUUAAUUGUUCAUAAUUGGAAGUCAAAGCUUUAUACUUUUUAUAUAAUACAUUAAUCAUACAUUUGACUUGUUUACAGCAGCGGUUUUAGGGACUACAGGGCCCAGGGACGUAAUCAUCUGCAGGACCCUUGUUCUCUACAAUUUGUGUUAUUUUUGUGCAAGGUGCUUUCUGGUUAUCAUAAGUGCAGGUCCUGGGGCUGUGCCCCCUGGACCCCCCUAAAACCGCUACUGCUUGUUUUGUACGUACGUUUUUCUGUGUAUCAAAACAAUAUGUAAAUGAUAGAUUAAAUACUUGAAAUAC